CCAUAUUGAGUUUAAUUUUCCACCCCGCUAUUCUGCUAGUUGAUUUGAUUGCUGUGGGUUUUGGGAGGUUGUAGUGCUGCGAUUAAAACGCAGUUAAUCAAAAUGGCAGGGAAUCCUGGGUUAGAGCAGCUGAUCCCUAUAGUUAAUAAAUUGCAAGAUGCCUUUACGCAAUUGGGUGUUCAUAUGCAGUUGGAUCUCCCGCAGAUAGCAGUUGUGGGAGGGCAGAGUGCUGGGAAAAGCUCCGUUUUAGAAAAUUUUGUGGGCAGAGACUUUUUACCCCGUGGUUCAGGCAUUGUUACCAGACGCCCGCUGAUAUUGCAGUUGAUUAAUUCUAAUGCAGAGUAUGCUGAGUUUUUGCACCUCAAAGGAAAGAAGUUUGUCGAUUUCAAUGAGGUGCGACAGGAAAUCGAGGCGGAGACGGACAGAAUCACUGGCUCAAACAAAGGAAUUUCCAACAUCCCCAUCAACUUGAGGGUAUACUCUCCAAAUGUACUGAACCUGACCCUGAUAGACUUGCCCGGCCUGACCAAGGUGCCCAUAGGGGACCAGCCGGUAGACAUCGAGCAGCAGAUACGCGCCAUGAUCCUGCAGUUUAUCAGUCGUGACAACUGCCUCGUCCUGGCAGUCACGCCGGCCAACACCGACCUGGCCAAUAGCGAUGCACUCAAGCUGGCCAAGGAGGUUGACCCUGGAGGUAUCAGAACCAUCGGAGUGAUCACGAAGCUGGACCUUAUGGACGAUGGGACGGAUGCCAGAGAUAUUCUGGAGAACAAGUUGUUGCCUCUGCGCCGAGGUUACGUGGGUGUUGUUAACCGCAGCCAGAAGGACAUCGAAGGUCACAAAGACAUAAAGGCAGCCCUUGCAGCUGAACGCAAGUUCUUUCUUAGCCAUCCUUCAUAUCGCCACAUCGCAGAUCGCCUGGGCACGCCCUACCUGCAGCGAGUGUUGAACCAGCAGCUCACCAACCAUAUCAGAGACACUUUGCCCAGCCUCCGAGACAAACUACAGAAACAACUGCUGGCAAUGGAGAAGGAUGUGGAACAGUACAAACAUUUUCGACCCGACGAUCCUGCCCUAAAGACCAAGGCUAUGUUGCAGAUGAUCCAGCAACUCCAGUCAGAUUUUGAACGGACCAUCGAGGGCUCUGGCUCUUCGCAAAUAAACACACUGGAACUGUCUGGUGGUGCUAAGAUAAAUAGGUUAUUUCAUGAGAGAUUCCCGUUUGAAAUUGUCAAAAUGGAGUUCGAUGAGAAGGAACUGCGGAGGGAAAUUUCUUUUGCCAUCAGGAAUACCCUUGGCAUCAGGGUGGGCUUGUUCACACCGGACCUGGCGUUUGAAGCGAUCGUGAAGAAGCAGAUAGCCAUGCUGAAGGAGCCGUGUCUCAAGUGUGUGGACCUGGUGGUGGCGGAGCUCUUCAAUGUCGUGCGCACCUGCACGGACAAGAUGGUUCGAUAUCCUCGGCUAAGGGAGGAGACGGAGCGCAUCAUAACGUCACAUAUACGGGACCGCGAGCGAAUGUGCAAGGAGCAGAUCAUCCUUCUGAUUGACUGUGAGCUCGCCUACAUGAACACCAACCAUGAGGACUUCAUCGGCUUUGCAAAAAAAGAGACACUCCUUCAGAAUCACCAAAAAUUAAUUUCAAUAGGUGCCCAGCAGUCCUCGGAGAACUCGGUGAAGGCAGGCCGCAAGCUGGGCAACCAGGUCAUACGCAAGGGAUACAUGUGCAUACACAACCUGGGCAUCAUGAAGGGCGGAUCUCGAGACUACUGGUUCGUUCUAACCUCCGAGAGCAUCUCUUGGUACAAGGAUGAAGAGGAGAAGGAGAAGAAGUACAUGCUGCCUCUGGAUGGACUGAAGCUGCGCGACAUAGAACAGGGUUUCAUGUCCCGCCGACACAUGUUUGCGCUCUUCAACCCGGAAGGCAGGAAUGUCUACAAGGACUUCAAGCAGCUGGAGCUGAGCUGUGAGAACCAGGAUGAGGUGGAUUCCUGGAAGGCCUCCUUCCUCCGGGCCGGUGUCUACCCUGAGAAGACUACGGAGCAAGCCAAUGGUGAAGAGAGCGGCAACGAAGCUAGCGGUUCCAUGGAUCCCCAGUUCGAGCGGCAGGUGGAGACCAUACGUAACCUGGUUGGCUCCUACAUGAAGAUAGUCACCAAGACCACCAAGGACCUGAUACCCAAGACUGUCAUGAUGCUGAUAAUCAACAACGUAAAGGACUUCAUCAAUGGCGAACUACUGGCGCACCUGUAUGCGUCAGGAGACCAGGCCCAGAUGAUGGAGGAGAGUCCCGAGGAGGCUCUGAAACGCGAGGAGAUGCUCCGCAUGUACCACGCUUGCAAGGAAAGCCUGCGCAUCAUCGGGGACGUGUCCAUGGCGACGGUGACCACCCCUGUGCCACCUCCCGUCAAGAACGACUGGCUGGCGUCCGGUCUGGACAACUCCAGGCCGCCCAUGCAGCCCAUGCAGCCCAUGCAGCCCAUGCAGCCCGUCUCUGCCAUCACGUCGAGGGGGCCCCCGCCCCCGCCCGUGUCCGGCCGACCUGCCCCCUCCAUCCCCAACAGGCCGGGGCCAGGCGGACCCCCCUCCCUGCCCGGCAGACCCCAGGGGGCUGGGCUGCCCCCACCGCUCAUUCCAUCCCGCUCGCAGGGGCAGGGCCUGGGGACGCCCCAAGCCAUGCAGCGCAUACAGCAGGCGGCAGGCCAGGCCGCAGCACAGGCUGCGCUCGGUGAGCUCAAGGAUGCGUUCAGAAUGUCGGGUAGGCACUAGGCUUGCCUGCACGCCGCACACCGGAUCAUCCACAGAAGAAUUCUAAUGUUGUGUAAAUAGCCAUAUUUUGUGUUAAGCAGUUGUUUCGUUUUGUUACUUUACUAAGUGUUUUUGUUCCUUUGAAAUGUCACCUGUUAAUAUAUUUGUCUGUUUGUUUGAGGCUUGGAGUGCUCAAACUCUAUUAAAGUUUCAUGUUCCGAGUCAUUCAAAAUACAUACAUUUAGUAAAGUUGGGUAUGCAGUGGUGCAAAGGUUCUUGGUAAAGAAGGUUGAGGUGAUUGAUUAUGCCUGAUAACAUUCCACAGUCUAUAUUCCACAACAUUCCAAAACAACCACAACUGAAUUUUAACUCAACAGUUAUUUGUAGUGUUAAACACCUGAUGGUCCUUAGCCAUUAGAUUCUUGUUGGAAGUGAAUCUAACUCAAUUUUGAAAUGUUGAGCUGAAUCACCAAAGUUUAUGUGUUUAGCUUUUCGUUGUGUGUAGUCUCUACAGAUUUAAGAUGAACCUCAUUUCAGAGAUCCAUGUCUUAAUCAACAUUUUCUAAGAUGUCACGGUGUCUUUAAUAUCGUAACUCGCAGCCAUUUGCCUUUGUUACUUUCAUUAGUUUCUCUAGUAUGGUUGUGUGUGCCCAGAUGCAACUUCAGUUGUGUGUUCACUGUCAUUUAGACAAUGUUACCUUCCCAAAGGUUACUUCAUAUUACCGACCAUCAGUGUUUUUUUUUCUUUCUUUAAAACUAGUAUAAGCCCUGUAACUUUUGGAGGUCAAUUAACAUCUUUCCCACGUACUGCUUUCUUGGUAGUCACAGUUACACAGGAUGUGUAUUAGACUAGUAAGUGUCUUCAUCGCAGCUUCACCCAGCAAGUACUGAGUGUGUUCAAAUAGAUUAAAUAAGCAGUGUUAUUACGUCAAUGCUAAAUGGAAAUUGUUAGAUUUAAUUAAAUGCUUUACAUCAGGAGAUAACAUUAGUGCACAGUUACAUAGCGGAAGACUAGAUAAUGUAAUUGUACAAUACACUUGUAAAUAAAAUGAAUUUAGUUGUUGCUGAUGUAUAUUAUUAUUAAUAUUAUCAUUAAUAUUAUUAGUUAUAAAUGUGUAUAAUAUUUGUGAAAGGAAUAGCUGAUCUAUGAUAGUGCACAUAUACUUAGGACUUUUGUUUCAUGCCAACCUACUAAUUGGCAUGUAUAAUAGGUGUAAUAUUUGCACUGGAGAUUUUAGGUUUAGGUUAUUGCCUAGCUAUCAGUUCCAAACAAAUGUUUAUGGAAAUUAAAUGACGUAUCGUAUGUUAUUUUUUUUUACUUUGAGUAUUUGUGUAUUUAGGUAGUUUUCGAAAUAGCCAGGGAAAUGGUAAAUUUUUUUUUAUAAAAAUGUUAUUUUGUCAAUAUUUUGUGGUAUUGCCAGUGUGUAUUGUUGGUACAUUUUUUGUGGCAAGUUAAACACACAGCAGACCUGCCAACUCUCACGAUUUUGGUGUGAGGCUCACGAUUUUAAGGUCCAUCUCACGCCCUCACGCCAAAAUAGUGUUUCCUCACGAUUUUUCGGGGCCCCAAGAUUUUGUUUGUAAAAGUUACAAAACAAAUUUUACGAAAGCUUACAGUAACGAGUUUCCAUCAAUACUCGAGUAACUUAAAGGAAGCAAUUUUUCGUUUUGUAGCGUGUGCCGUGCUGAUUUUUCUAUCUCGCAUAGUGGAAGAGGAUACAUUGUGAAACAUGUCUCUACAAAAAAAACACAACUAACAUGUGAAAUGUAUUGCUUCCAAUAAAAAAAUUAAUUAAGCUGUGAACAGUGAUAAUACUGUUACACGAGCAGAAUGUUAUUUUACAUCUUUUUUAGUUGCGGCCCUGCAUGAUCACUACACGACAGCGCUAAAUUAUGUUCAACUAAAUUAAAUCUGUAACCUAUAAUUUGUUGAAAUAAAUUUUGAAGCAGAGACCAUGUAACAUAUGUACAGGUAUGUCACUUAAAUUUAAAGAUCCUCAUUUGUUGUUUUUUAUAUCUAACCUGUAUUUAUGGGCCUGAAAAUUUUUAUCGAGGACCUCAUGAUUUUUUAAAUUUGAAUGUUGGCAGGUCUGACACAGUGAUCAUCGAAAGAAAGGUUAUUUUCCUGUUGUUUACUGUCCAUAUUGAAUUCAGUGAUUAUAAAUAGAUUUUACAAAAUCUCUGUACUAAUGAAUUUAAAAUGUUGAAUAGAAGUUAAAAAAUGGGCUUCCAUUUACAAUCAACCUUGGCUUCUCCCUGUAUGUGUGAUGUUUGUUUUAUAAAAAGUAAGGUUGCAUUUCUGUUCUCUAAGACUUAGAUAUAAUGAUGACCACUUUUCUACCUUAAUAUAUUAAAUAAAUUAAUUUUUGUAGAGAAUUGCAAAUUUUUUCACCAUGUUCAAUUUUAAAAACAUUAAAUAGUCCAAAAAUAAACCAUUUUUUAUAUGUAAGCAACUGUGGUAAGGUUUUUUUUGUGUGUAUGUUUUGCAAACAGUAAUGCUUGCCUACCAGCCUGUCUGGACAGUGUAGCUCCAUAGCAUCAGUAAUCAGGAACACAAUGUGUGUAGCUCAAGGAACUGAUGAGAUUAUGAAUAUAAUUACUGUGUUAGUACUUCAGUAUGACGGUUUAGUUAAUCCUUUUUUGAAAAUUGUUGUGAAGAAUAGAUUCAUUAAAAUCUAAAGGAAACAUUUGUCCUUAAUGUUGUGAGUGGAUAUAAAAUAUAAAAGUUCAAAACAUGUGUUGAAUUCAUGUUGUACUUUUCAUGUGAUGGCGCCUCUGUAAGUUAUUCUUGGACAUUUGUCUAGUCUUAUUUCAUUAACUUUCCGGGUCAGUAGAAGUGUUGUACUAUGCUUAUGAGCUUGCUUUACAAAUCAACUCUCUAUUAUAUAACCCUUCAUGCUUUUUAAAAGGGUCAUUAUUGGAAUUUUUAUUAAUUUUUUUUACCCAUACUUAGACUCCAAAACACAAAAAUCACAUUUUCCCCCAUGAAGUCAGUGUUCAUCAUUUUCUAGCAAAAUUCACAACCUAUUUUAUUAGAUUAUUAAUUGAUUUUAACAGGCCUAUGUCUUGUGAGAAUAAUUAUACCUUACAAGUGCAUGUUUAUAUAACUUCAACUCAUCGUUUAAAUUAGCUGAAACACUGUGGACCACGUAAGUUUUAAUUAAUACGCAUAGUCCAUUUUCAGUUUUAUCUUGUAUUGGAAACAAAAGAUUUGUUACUAAAUGUUAAAUGAUAUUUCAGUCUUAUUACCUAAUCCUUGUUUCCUUUUAUGCUGUCCACACAGGGUUGAAAUUAGUUGCGUGCGUGUAGUAGGGAGCGAAUGUUAGGCCGUGUAGGCGGCCGGCUGCCUGCCUUCCCUCUGAUGGUAGGGUUUCCUGGGCGACGACAUUACGAAUACAGCCUGCCUUGUGGCUAGCACCCACAGGAAGAGUAUCGGUAUUUAUCAUUGUAGGGUUGAGAACCUAAACAACUUUAAAUUAUGUGCGUAAUUUGCAUUACAUUAUCUCGUGCACUGUGCAUCUUAUCAUCAUCGCCGCUGCCGCAUUCCCAUUCAUAUUGCAACGCUCUGUGGAAAAAGAAUUAUUUCAUGUGGAUGCAGUGAUGUAAAAGUUAAAAUUGGCAUAAGCAGCCAUAGUCUCUGGAGUCUCGAAUGUUUAAAGUAAACUUGUUACACGUAGGGAAACUGUGCUGAUUAUGUACUUAAAUGUACUUCUAAACUACAAAGACAUUGCGUAAACAUAUUCACUGAUGCAAUGACAUUUUAAGCUAAUGAAAUAAAAUUUACUUUUUUUUUUUUUUUGUCGUCGUCAUCAAAAUAAGUCACGUGAUUUCAGUACUACCACCACAGUGCUGGAUACACACACAAUCAGUUUUGUCCAUCUUUCAGCACACUAUUAGUCCAGAAUUUUAAAUCUCCUGCUCCUAAAACCGUAAGUUUUUCGUAACAUACAUAUAAUCCUUGGAAGCGUUCAACAGGAUGUUUAGGUAACUGCGGAGGGGUUGGUCGGGGAAAGGACAGGUGUGUAACAGCUGCAGCUCUGUGACUGAUGGGGGAAGGACAGAAUUGCAUGCGCUGCUACUUCUGGACAACUGGAGGAAUAUCUACCUCCUGGUGUGGGGUUGUGCGUGUGUAAAUGUUGAGAUGAACACAAUUAAUAGCACACGGUCCCGGUUGUCAUGACAUACUGCCUGGUCGGCAAUACAAGGAAAGUUGGCAGCUGCAGAAUCUUGCCGUAUGCGAACUAGUACAAUGCUCGCAAAGAGAAUUGUAAAGCAUAGAAUCCAAAAUACUCAACAAAGUUACUUUUCUGCCUAUUUUUGACAUUUUGACCAAUUUCCCCCCCCCCCCCCCCCCCCCCCAUUCCUCUCCAAUAAGUUCUUUGAGAGGGGUGUUAUUUCGGAUGUCAUAGAAUCGACAUUUCAUUGUACUGAGUACCUAAAAAUAAUUUUAAGAUCUCACACAGACGUUAAUAUAUUUUCUCACAAAAUCCAAUAUUUAACAAUGAUAAUGCUAUGUUUACUUUUAAUAUAAUUAUUAAAUUCUUAAUUAGUGGUGAUCAAAACAAAAAUUUCUUGGUCUCAUUUGGGAUUGACGAGAUCAAUGAGCUGUAAGAAUGAUGAACCUCGUAAGUUGGUUUUUGAAGUGUCAAUCAGCCAUCACUAAAAUCCAUUUUCUUCCAAAUCUUUGAUUCUGCUGCUUCAUGACUGAAAGGCACCUAUCUCAAGGUGUUAACAUUCUGGAAAGUCAGGGAGAAUCAGGGAAUUUACUUGAAAACCUGGAAAAAUCAUGGAUAUUUUCCAGUGAUAGUAAUUUGAGGAGAAAAUGUCAUGCUCCUAUCUGCCUUCUGUGAAAGCAAUUUUUUUUCUUAAUGGUGUUUUAUUGAAUAGUCAUACACAAAAUAAAAUGGUAUAUUGGAGGAUAUGUUCAAAAUUUUAAAAAGUGGAGCUAUGAGAAUUGUAGGUUUGAUUUCCUUAUUUCUUUCAGAAAAUUGCAAAAUAGGUAAAUUAAUAAAAAAAAAAUAUUUUCAGGUAAUUUUGGGAUUUUGGUCUGGUAAAGUCAGGGCAAAAUCAGUAAAAUAAAUUUUACAAAUUUUUGUGGACACCCUGUAAUCUGAAUGUUUGUGUUUACUAGUUCUUUAUAUAUUUCAUUUAUUUUGGUUGAAAUAUUUCAGUUUUCCUUUUUAUCAUUAUGCAAAAUGUAAAAACAUGAUUGUUCUCAAUCGAUUAAUUACUCUAAUUUUAUUUUUUUAAUUCAUUUUAGUGCAAGUAAAAUGAAUAAAAGUUACACUAAACACGCUUGCCAACCACUCGAUACACUGUCCGUCUGCUCGGAGGGUAGUGACCCAAUUGUUGAACCAGACUAAAACAUAAACACUUCUUACAACUUACAUUAUAUCACUUUAGCUAAAUGUAUUGUAUUAUCUGACUGUUCUCAGUUGGUAAUCGAGAGUGUUCAAGUCCUCUGAUGUUCCAAAAGUAAGUUACGGAUGUAGUGUUUGCUGAUUGCUGAUGUCCAUGGAAGGCAUCACGGAGAAAAACUGAUGUUUGCACUCUAGUUCUGAACCAGACUUACUUUUGAAAAAGAAUAGUGUGCAGUCAUUAUUUGUUCGUUUUAUGUUUUUACAAUGUUUAUGAUGCAAUAAGAUUGUGUACCGUGUAGGUAAGAUGCAGAUAUGUUUUUGAAAAAUCAGUGGUAAUGGAUUGAGAUUUUAAUUGGGCCAUAAUGCACGACUCUUUUCUUAAGUUGGAGGAUUUAUAAUAUUAUUUUCUAGAUUAUGACUUAAGAGUUGUAAUGUUUGCAAAUAAUUACACAAGCUUUGUUGAUUCACAUAGUUGUGAAAGUUGUUUUUAAAAUUGAUGUGCACACACUGAGAUAGCAAAAUGUAGAAAUAUUGUAAAUUGUUAAAAUGUACUGAAGGUUGUUGUUAUAUAUGAUUGUAAAUCUAAUGCCUCAUAAUCCCGUUGGAAAAAAAGUUACACUGAAUUAUAACUGUCAGAAAGUGUUUUAAUAAUAAAUAUCUUUCUCGACUAACAAAUGUUUUAUUGAUAUGUAUAGUAGUAGUAAAAAUACUGAUCAAUUUAUUCGUGGUAACUUAGCUAACCUGUAAAUAAUCGUAUAAAAAAAUUGUAUCUUGUAAACAUAUUUAUAACAUAUUUCUUUAUUGCUGUUAUUAAAUAUGCUUACAAGUAUUACUUGCGUACACAGUUACAUUUUGUUUUAGUAGACUGAUUUUUACUUGAUUGUUACAUCACAAGUAGUGGAAGAGUAGUUUGUUAAAUGGCAUGGAGUACAUUAAUUCAGUAGCUGCUGCUACCCUGGUAUUAUGGCUCUCACGGCUGUGCACUGUAAUGAUAACUGUGGUUGUUGUCAAAUAACAUAAAAUAUAGGCAUUAAAUGCUAAAUUUUCAUAUUAUUGUACUUUUUGUUUUGUAUUGCUAGGAAACUGGAUGUUUGCACAAAACCUAGCAAGGAUCUGGAGACCAGUUUUUAAGUGUGCUAUCAUAAAAAAAUUUUAUUCCUAUAGGUUACGGUAUCGUUUCAUCCCAGAAAAUUGCUGAGGUCAAGAUCAUAGUUUUACUCUUCCGUUACAUUGUAGCGUCAGUGUUUUUAUUAUGUUGCAGUUUUUUCUAAAGAAAAUUUUAGAGAUGUUCUGAGACACGAAAACUUUCAGCAAAGUCAAUCGAGUAGCUGCCGCUUGACUCAACUCGACAGUUGAGUUAAUUGUACUCUACAGGACGAGACUCAACUGUAUUUUACUUAUAACUUGAUACAUUUUCACAUGUCAAUAAGCAUAAAAUCACAUACCAUUAUUUUGCAAAGUCUUCACAGCGUAAUCUUAUAUUUACGUUCUCACAGUUUUAUUAAAGUACUGUCAAUUUGACAUAAUUACAUUGCCCAAAAAAGUAUAAUGUAUAUUCCGCUAUUUAAGUUUCUAAACACUGGAAAAGAUUCUAUUUUGGAAUGGCCUGCUGUACAUUAUAAAUGAGUAACAUAGCUAACAAACCACGAAAAGGAAAUAUUUUAAUAUCUUCUACAGAGGCAUUCGAUAGUAUCGUUGGGCACAAUUGUGAGUGAUUUUGCACGUAUGUUCGUAUCUUUAUUAUCUAGUUAAAAUGGCAGAUGACCUUAUUUUGUUCAUAACAAAUUUAAUGUAUUUUACACCUGAUUAAAUGCCAUAUUUUUAAGAAAUGUGUAGUGUGACAUUUGAAAAUGCCUUAAGUGUUAUUGUUUUUGAAGUCUGAAUUGUCAUUAACUAGAAAAUGGCAGAAGAAAAGGAAGUUAAUACCAAUUUAAAUUUUAUGAAAGAAUAAGGAUCUGGAAAGAAUAACUUGCUGAAGAGGGGUAGAAAAAUUAAAUACAAGGUGUUGAGGGGUGGAGAGAAGAGGGUGACUGCCACCUCUCCAGCAGACGGAGAAAGACCGCAUGGCGACACAGUGACGUAUUGUUUAUAUUCUAAUAAGCUGAAACACUUUACACAGAGACUUCAUUUAUGCUCAGAAUUCUACUGAGAAAAAUAUA